CUAGGAUACUAUAGUACAGUCAUAGAAAGCAAGUUAUUAGUUUCUGCAGAAAACGUGUAAAAGGAAAUCACCAGCUCUUGCCAAAGCACGAUAUAUUUUCUCGGUCAUCAAGUGUGCAAGAUUGUGCCUUGAUUUCGUUCUUCUGGCCGAUUCCGGUUUCCCGGCUUUCUUUACUAACGCGAGUAAAGCGCUCAUAUAAGAACAAGAUAUGGGUAUGUACAAAAGCACUAUGGAUGGUGGAAAAGUCAUCAAAUAUCUAGUCUUGUUCUUCAAUUUCCUGUUCUUUGUAUUUGGUUUAGCUCUCAUGGGUGUUGGCGCUUAUGCAGAAGCAAAAUUUGGCAACUUCACCCACCUAUCGACUGUUGACUUUGCAUCAGGCUCACGUCUGCUUAUUGCUGUUGGUGUCAUUAUUGCUGGUAUUUCAUUCUUUGGCUGCUGUGGGGCCUGGAAAGAGAAUAGAUGCUUGCUUAUAAUUUUCUUUGCGCUUCUGUUUGUGAUGGUGAUCCUUGAAAUCACUGGUGCGGCCAUUGCGUACCAACAUCGGGGUGAGUUUACCGAAUUGCUCAAGAAAGACUUGAACAUCACGCUAAGGGAUUAUUAUGGGAAAGAUAAAGUUAAGACAGAAGCUCUUGAUUUUGUCCAACAAGAGGCCAAGUGUUGCGGUAUCAUGNUUGCUUGGCAUAGGGUUGCAUGGUGUUGGCUUGUUUGCUUGCUUGCUUGGCAAAGGUUGGUGUUGACUAGUUUGCUUGGCAUAGGGUUGCAUGGUGUUGGCUUGUUUGCUUGCUUGCUUGGCAAAGGUUGGUGUUGA